GUUGCCGCGGCGAUCACGCACCCGGAGCGGGGAGUGCGGCGCGGGCGGCGCGGCGAUGCUGGCGGGCCGGGCCCCGCUGGGCGCCGCGGGCUGCGGCCGCCUCCUGGCAGCGGGGCUGCUGCGGCCGCUGCUCUGCGGGCUGCCGCCGUGCUGGGUGACGGCGGGGCGGCACUACCCGUCCCUGCGGGUAGCGGAGCCGGCGAAGGAGAAGCGGCUCGUGCGUAAGGAGCAGCGGAGCAGCCUCGUGGUCCGCCGCUUCAUCGCCUGCCCGCAGCUGGCGCGCACCGUGCGGCGCUGCCUGCAGGGCGGAGCCGGUCCCGGCCCCCAGCCCCUGCUGCUCGAGUUCGCUCCCGGUCCUGGAAUUUUGACUCAAUCUCUGCUUGAUGCAGGUUUUAGAGUGGUAGCUCUGGAAAGUAACUCAGAUUUUCUUACAGGCUUACAGUCCCUAGAGAGUAGCCUGGAUGGGCGGUUAAAGGUGAUUCAUGGUGACUUCUUCAGAAUGGAUCCUAUGGCGAAGGGAGCUUUGAAACCACCUGCUGUGUCUUCUGAAAAACUUUUUAAAACCCUGGGUGUAGCAGCAGUUCCUUGGAGGGCAGAUGUUCCUUUGAAAGUUUUUGGAAUCGUGCCACAACAGUUGGAAAGAAACAGACUUUGGAGACUUCUUUUUGCCAUGUAUGAAUGCAGUUCCAUAUACAGAUACGGGAGAGUGGAACUCAACCUCUUCAUAAGUGAAAAAGAGUAUACGGUAUUAACAGCAAAGCCUGGGAAGUCAAAGAUUUAUCAAGCACUUACUGUACUUGCACAACUAGGGUAUGAGAUUGAACUACUGCAUAAGGAACCUUGGUCUUCAUUUGCAACCAAUUUGAAAAAUGGGGGACUGGCCAUACCAAAAGCUGGGCGGCUGCCAAAUGACCAUUUCUGUUUGGUACGACUGACUCCUCAGCAAAAUCUAUUUACAGGAGGCUUGAAGCCCUCAAAUGCAUCUACCUUUAUUUUCAUGGUGAAACAGUCCUUUGCUAAACCUAAGUCUAAACUUACUGAUAGAUUAAAUUCCUGGAGCUUGGACAAUAGUGACAGAUUACUGAAAGCACUAGAAAUUCCCAGAAAUGCUUCAAUGUAUAACUUGUAUCCAGAAGACUAUAAGCGUCUUUUCGAGGCUUUGCAAAACUCUCAUUUGUUUGCUGAGACCUUCUUCCAUGAUGAAGUCUUGACAAGUACAAGGACCAUGAACUUAUUAAUCUAAAGCUUUUGGAAGAUCACUUUUGCUUCUGGAAGAUUACUUUGAUAAAAAGUGAUUUAAAUAAAAUCGGAUGACUUCCUGUCCAAACAGGAAAAGUUUAGCAAUUAACAAGAGCCCUUCUACUUAGGAUGAAAGUAAAGAAUUCACAGUUAUCUUCCACAAUCCUAUCUGGAAUGGACAAGCCUGCACACAAUUCUAUCUGCAAUGGACAAGCUUUGCAACUUUUGCAGGAGCUUAUUAGCUCGUGCUACUUUUGGAUGUACCACUUAAAUGCAAUGUUUUGUUACACUGUUGCUGUGUAUUCACAACAUUUGAAAAAAAUUACCUGACCAAAUUAUUAUUUGUUUGGUUUUUAUUUUAAUGCUUAAUUAUUUGGAUGCCCUUUUGACAGAUUCACAGAAUACAAAGGUUUUUACAACCACUGAGCCUGCAACAUUGUCUGCUUUUCUGAAUUAGCAGCCUAAAGUCAAUAAAUGCUAAUAAAUGAAUAGUGGUAUGUUAAUACAAGACAAGGUAAUGACAGAGUGAUAAAAUAUUAACUGGGAGUUACUUAAAAUAAAGAUUGUGAUCUCCCUGAGGAAAAGUUGUAACAGUUAUUUCUUUUGAAAAUACGAGGGGCAACACAUUUGUAAUAUAAUACACAAACACCUACAUGUGUAUGGGGAUUAUUUAGGUCUGAAAGUCAUCAGAAUAUUCAGUAUAAAUGUUUUUUAAAAAAAUAAAAUCCUUUGAUUUGAAACCUUUGCCAGUAUUUUUAACAUGUAAUACAUGUACCAAAAAAUUAUUCAAAACCAUAUGCUAUUAAAAUUCUGGUUUUAGCUAUAGUACUCUGUAAGGCAAUCAAUUUCUCUGUCUUGCCUUGUAACUGUUCUGUUGUUGUUAACAAAGCUGAGAGGUGGUACUGGUUCUGUGUUGUAUAUUGUACCCUCUGGAAAGAGCUGUGGCAAAAAAUACACUUCUUUAGCAAAGCACUAGUUUAUAAAAUGCCAUCUUGGUGAAGGCUGAGCUAUUUUCAGGCUGUGGGUAACAGUAGUGCCCCAAACAAUGCAAAGGGAAUUGUAUUUAUUAAGGUUAGUGUGAGGUAUAGAUGUGAUAAGCAUUCAUGUGGCUGCAGAUGACAAAGUGACUUUGAGAGCCUCAGUUCACUCUGCUAGCUAGGCUGCAGCUUCCUCUUGAGGCUGCUGCUGAGCUUUUGUAGUACUAUGAUGAAACUCCUGGAAAGGCUGAGGCUUAAUUUGCAGUCUGUAUCAGAGCCUUGCUGGUGUUCUGGUGCAGGUUGUCAAGAUUUGAGGCUUCCUUUCUGCUUACAUCUCUGACUAUUUCAGAGAUAGUCAUUGUUAAUUGUCAGUGAAUGGCAACCUUGCAUUUACAGAAGCAAUUCCACCUUUUCCAGUCUCAUCAGAUGGUAACUCUUAUCUACUGGUCUACAAGACUGCUGUGUCUCGGGCUGAUUCCCCCUCCCCACCUUGAACCAAAAUACCUUGCUCUUGUUGCAGCAAGAGGUCUUACACUUCCAACAUACCAGGAGAAGUAUUCUAUACAUGAAAUGUAAGACCACCACUGUCUCAAUAAAUUUCUUCAACUGUGUGCUGGUAACAUUUCAAACACGAACUGAGAAAAAGAAAUUUGUUUUAUUUUGAUGCUGUUGCAAAGCAGCACUUAAUGAUCCAAUGCAGAGACUAACAGCAGGAGUCUGUAAGUGGAAGGAAUAUUGCAUAACUGGGGACUUGAAAUGAGAUUUACUACUCAACAGAAAUGCACCAUUAAGGCUAAGUGUAAGGAAUGUUUAGUCCUGAUCACAAAUGUGAAAUGGAGAGAGAAAUGCCUGCCAUUAUAAAAGUGAUUUUAGUAUUAAUGGAAAAAAUUGAAAAUGUGAAAAUGACUAUUGUAUAUGAAUAAAUACACAGGGAGUGAAAAUUAAAUAAGUCUAUAUAUUUGAUUAAUUUAUGCUUUCCACUCAGUAAUUCCUACGGUUGCAGAUUUUAGCUCUUGUAAGAUAAUGUUGAACUUUCACUUCACUUUCAAAAUUUAAACUGUACAUAAAGACUUGUAAUACAUUUCUGUUACCAUUUUUUGUAGGGGGGUAGAAUAUAAGAAAACAAAGAUAGUGUACAAAGUAAUCUAACCCCUAAGGAAUUGCAGCUGGGCCAAUUAUCAAAGAUUAGGAACAAGCCUGACUUUACCAAGCCAUAGCUGUAAGCAAUGAGAAGAAGAGUGCUACAAAAGAGUGGGGUGGCUGGGUGAGAAGGAACUGGAGUCAGUUGGCUGUUUUGCGAAGAAGAAAAGCAGUGCUUGGAGGAGCAGCUCAAGAGAAAAUACUAAGAAGGUAUGAAACUUGUGAUGAGGAGACAACAGUAUGGAACCCCUGUAAUCAGAUGACAACAGUUUUCAACCAAUGCUGUGCUAUUUGUAUUUGUUUCCUUUGCAUAACUGUUUUUUUUUUCUUCAAGACUGAUUUAAUACAUGAACCUCUGAAAGAUGAACCACAUGUGAUGCAUUAUCUAGUAGAACACUUUUAAGUGUUGCUCUCUUCCAAUUUUUUUGAGGAGCUGCCCAAAAAAUGGUGUUUGGUGUUCCGUAUUAAAGUUACAAUCAAUAUAUCAUAGCUGAUAUAUUGAUUGUAACUUUAGAGAUGCCACGUCUUUUCUAGUGGCCCUCAUCACUUGUGCCAUAUGUCUGGGAAAUAAAAUUAUGACUGUGCUAGGAAUUGCCUAAGCUCUUCCUACUUACCUAUAUUCAAAUCAUAACAAACACAAAUAGAGACAGAAACCAACUUGGUCCAGUUAAUGAGAAAUUUUGCACUUGGAAAUAGGUCAGUUAAGUUGAACUCCAUAGUCAGUUCACUUUUGAUCUAGAAGAAGCGUUUGUGACCUUGCAGUAAUUAAUCCAGUAGAUGCUGUGAUAAGGGGUUGUUAAGGUGGAAUGUGUCUGUACCGGCUGUAAACCUGUUCAGCAUUGCACAUUUUAAUAAUUAUAGCUUAGCCUUGCAGGCUAAUGAUAAUGUUGAUGGAAAUAUCAGCAUAAAACUUGAGAAAUAGAUUGUGUGGUAUAGUUUAGGAUGUGUGUUGGAGAAUUUUGCUUAGACAGGGCUUGAAGGAAAAAAGGCCAUGAAAAUAUACAGCUGAUGGAAAAGUAAAAGGCAGCUGUAAGCAGCUAAUUCUCAAGCCUGUUUCUCAGAAACGUCUCUGUAAACAGCAAGAGUUCUCAAGUCUGUCUUCAAUAACAAGUAAAUAUUCUGUCCUUGGCUGGUAUAGGAAAGCAAAAAUAACAAACCACAGGUAUUGAAAACAAAAGGAGGGGUUGGUGUUUAAUCUGUAGCCAAUGAUGAGCUCGGGUUUUGCAAUAUGUAUGAACUUAAUUAACACCGUUAUAAAAAUGUGCAUGGUUGAUCAAUAAAUUGGA